UAAAUAGGAAUCUGUUCGUAAUUUCAAUGAAAAUUUUCCAGAAGUUUUGAUAAGCUUUGAAUUCAUACGAAAGUUUUCCCCAAGUGCCGCUAAACUGGUUGUUGCGAGUAACGAAAAACAAUAAUUGUCAACGAAUACUACUUAGCUUAUUUAAUAGAUUUAUUUUCUUGUCAAAAAUAACAAAAUGAGUUGUCCAUUUGAUCAAGAAGCUCUUGAAAAAUUGAAAGCUUUCAUAGACAUCUGUAAAAGUAAUCCUGAAAUUUUACAUCUUCCGGCUUUGAAUUUUUUCAGAGAAUUUAUAGAAUCAUUUGGUGGGGUAAUUCCUGCUCCAAAAAUGUCGGCAAAGACUGAAGAAACUAAGACUGAACCUCAACCAAAAUCUACAGAAUAUGAAAGUGAUCCCGAAUCUGAUUUGGAGCUAGACAAGGAAGGAUGCAUUGAACCUGAUGAACUUGUUGAUAUUGAAAUGGGAGGUGAAAAAGGAGAGCUUACAGAUGAAGAGAUUGAAAAGGCCCAAGAACUCAGACGUAAAGCUAUCGAACUGUUCAAUGAAGGCAAAUUGGAGGAUUCUAUCUCUGUCUAUUCUGAAGCCAUUGCAGCAGAUCCCUCUUCUGCAUUAUUAUUUGCUAAAAGGGGUCAAGCUCAUUUGAAAUUGAAUAAACCAAAGGCUUGUAUAAGAGAUUGCACUAAGGCAUUGGAACUGAAUCCUGAUUCUGCUGCUGCUUAUAAAUUUAGAGGCAGGGCACACAGACUCUUGGGCGAUUGGGAAGAGGCUGCUCUAGAUUUGAGGCAGGCUUGUAAAAUAGAUUUUGAUGAGCAGUCAGAUGAAUGGUUGAAAGAGGUCACUCCAAAUGCUCAAAAGAUUGAACAACAUCGUUUGAAGAAUGAGCGUAAAAAGUUGGAGAGAGAGGAGAAAGAAAAAUUGGAGAGAAUACAAAAGGCUAGAGAAGCUAGAGCUAAAGCUGCUCAGGAAGGUCAAGAACAAGGUAUACCUCCAAUGGGAGGAAUACCUGGUAUGGAAGGUAUGAAUAUGGGUGACUUCAAUGAAAUAUUUUCAGAUCCUGAAGUGAUGACAGCCCUACAGGAUCCUGAAAUUUCUGCUGCAUUCAGAGAUAUCUCUGUUAAUCCUGCAAAUUUGAUGAAGUACCAGUCAAAUCCAAAAAUAAUGGCUUUGUUCCUAAAGUUAACCUCUAAGAUGAAAGGAUCUAUGGGUGGAGGUUUUCCUGGUGCCUUCCCAGGAGCAGGUUUUGCUCCUCCACAAAGUGCUCCUACUAAUAACGUUUUCCAAGAUGACAAUCUGGAUUAAUUUGUCAGAUAUUUUGCAAUAGAUUUGCCAUAUUUGAAAUGAAAGCUUGAAAAAGUUUUUGGUUUAGUUUAAAAUGAAAUUAGAUAUUCAUGUGGAAGGGAUCUGAAACAGGCCUAUCUAGUUUGUUGAUUUAUCAAUUUAUUCAUUGUAACAUAUUCAGAGGAUUAAAUGAGUUGAUGAAC